UGUACCCAAAAAAGCCCUCAAAUUCCGAAUAAAAUUUGGUUGACCCGGAACCUGUCUCUGUUUUCCUCCAAAUCCCUAAUUUCCCAAUUCAAUCUAAAACCCCUCAAAUUAAAUUUACCCAUGUCAAUUUCUUCAAUAUCACGAAUUCUUUCACUUUCAAUCACACCAAAAACAUCAAAAAUCUCAACUCUACACUUCACUACGUCAUUAUCAGAUAAUCUAUAUACCCACUUGCAAAACAGUCCUCACAAUGUUGAAACAGCUCUUAAUUUAAUCAAACCUAAAUUGGACUCCAAAUGUGUCACUGAGGUGUUAAACAAAUGCACACCUGGCAACAUUCAAAUGGGUCUCAGGUUUUUUAUCUGGGCUGGUUACCAGUCAAAUUACAGGCAUAGUUCUUUUUUAUAUGGUAAAGCUUGUAAAUUAUUUAAUAUUAAGCAAAACCCAUAUGUUGUUCUUGAUCUGUUUGAAGCUUAUAGAGUGGAGAAUUGUGUGGUUAAUAUCAAGAUUUUUAAAGUUGUUUUGAAUUUGUGUAAAGAGGGUAAGCUUGCUAAUGAGGCCUUGUUGGUGUUGAGGAAAAUGUUAGAAUUUAAUAUAUAUGCCGAUGGAAAUGCUUAUACUACUGUUAUUAGGUUGUUUUGUGAUAAGGGCGAUAUGGAUAUGGCUCAAACAUUGAUGAGGGAGAUGAGUUUGAACGGUCUUUAUCCGGAUAUGAUUACGUAUGUAUUAAUGAUCAAAGGAUUUUGUGAUGUAGGCAGACUGGAAGAGGCUUGUAGGUUGUUUAAGGAAAUGAAAGGGCAUGGUUGUGUGCCUAAUGUGGUGGCUUAUUCGGCACUUCUUGAUGGAGUUUGUAGAUUUGGUAGUGCGGAAAGGGCAUUAGAGUUGUUGGAGGAGAUGGAGAAAGAGGGUGGGGAUUGUAGUCCAAAUGUUCUAACGUAUACCUCUGUUAUUCAGAGGUUAUGUGAGAAGGGGAGGACAAUAGAUGCGUUUGCAGUUUUGGAUAGGAUGGAGGCUUGUGGUUGUGCUCCGAAUCGUGUCACAGUUAGUACUUUGCUGAAACGUCUUUGUGUGGAUGGCCAUAUGGAAGAUGCCUAUAAGUUGAUUGAUAGAGUUGUUUUGGGAGGUGGUGUUUCAUAUAGUGAUUGCUAUAGUUCUCUUGUUGUGUGUUUGAUAAGGGUUAAAAAAUUUGAAGAGGCUGAGAAGCUCUUUAGGAGGACUUUACUUAGUGGAGUUAGACUUGAUGGCUUGGCAUGCAGUCUCGUGAUUAAAGAGCUAUGUUUGAAGAAAGGGGUGCUUGAUGGAUAUUGCUUAUAUGAUGAAAUUGAGAAGAUAGGAUUCUUACCCACCAUUGAUUCUGAUAUCUAUUCAAUUCUUUUAGUUGGACUUUGUCAACAAGGCCACUCGGUGGAAGCCGCUAAACUUGCAAGGUCAAUGCUUGAUAAAGGAAUACAUCUAAAACGCCUUUUUGUUGGUGAAGUAGUUGAACACUUGGAGAAAUUUGGAGUUGCAGAGCUAGUUACGGAUUAGCUUGCGUCUGAUAGAGCAGGAUCUUUGAUUUAUAGUUAUCAAUUUUCUGCUAUGAAGAGAUGUAUUAAGAACGGGUCUUUGGAAUUUAUUCAAUGAAACAGAAUGUCACAAUAUAUUAGUAUUUCUAAAAGAAAAGGAGUGCGAUGGGGCAGCUGUUGUUUUAGAAGUUUUCUCCAAGCAGUCACACCGCUAUUGAUAGGCUUGUCAUGGUAUUGAUCAUUUACUCGUACUCAUUCCUACAAGAGAGUACUGCUUUGCUCCUUCUCUGAGAGAUAUUUGCCUAGCUGUGGAUUCAAAUUCAAUGGCAAUGUUGUGUCUUCACAAGAAAGUAGAAAGAAUUUCUAUGGAGCAACGAAUGCUAUUUCAUCCGACUCUGGUCUUUAUCAUCUUCUUGCUUGUAGAGAAUGCGUUGCAAAUGGGUACUAGUCACAUAUGCUCAUUCCCGCUAUUGUUAUAUGCUACGGACGAGUCAAAUAACUUGGUGCCCAAGAUUUGGCAAGACACAAUAUGAUGGUGAUUUCAAAUGCUGUUCGCAGUGUGGGAAAGUGUUAGCGGAUGCGAGGCCAGAGAAUAGGAAAAUAAGAGUAUUUGCGAGAUUCCGAAGGAAGGUCAUUAAGAAGAAGCAUCUCAAGAAGAAGACAACUUCUUCCUCAAUCAUUGAGGAAAAUUACCAUUCUGCAUGAUAAUGCCAUUUAUUUUUAAGUCAUUGUACCAUUAUUUUGGUGGGUUAAACUUUUAUAGCUGUUUUUUUUGUUUCGAUUAAUUAUACAUAUGUAAUCGCAAAUUAGAAUUAAUUUUCGUUUCAAUUGAUUAACCUAAAAUAAAAAGUUGUGCCUAUUACUCACAAAUCAGAAGAAUAUACAUUUUAUUAGACCUUUCUUAUAUGU